AUGUUCAUGCGACAACAACAGCUAGGAACCAAACUUGUCCAAAGCUCGAAUCUGCACCUGAAGAGUAGCGUCCUCGUCUCUUGCAGCAUUACAACUACACGACCCUUUUCCACGCCUGGACGACGGCAAAAUCAAGAGCACCCAAAGCUACAGCGCCCAGCUCCCAGCUACACCACCGGCGUGCGCCCGACCGCUUCGUGCACGCUUCCCCUUGCCCAGCAGCCCAAGACCGCUAGAUCUCGUCUACAUACCUCGGCGGCGUGCAGGAUGGCCUCGGACGACGCGUACGCCGCCUUCCUCGAGAAAGCGAACCAGGACGUCUCGGGCGGAGCGGGGGGCGAGGAGAUAACGGCUAGGUCGUCGUCGUCGGCGGACAAGAGGAUCCGGAUCCAGGAGCAGGAUGUCGUGGAGGUGCCGGCGAGUCUGCGGGGGAUCGAGGAGGUGUAUGUUAGCGAGAGUGAUGAGGGGUUCGAGGGGGUGGGGUUGGGUUGGGAGGGCGGGGAGGUUGAUGCCGAUUCCCUUCGUAAAGCGCUUUCUCUGUCGUCGGAUACGGAUGUGUCUAGUCUGAGUGAGAAGGAGUUCGAUCCCCGGGGCAACUAUACGUCUGUCAUUGAUAAGGUGAAGAGAGCGGGGAAUGGGAGCGUGAAGAUUUUUAGGAUCGAGUUGGAUGCGACGAGGGCGGAGAUUUGGGUGCUGAGUGUGGAUGAGAAGGGGAAGAGGCUUGUUGGGGUGAGGACGUUGAGUGUGGAAACGUGA